AUGGAGCAACUUGUGCACUUUAGUCAUGAUCAUCCACUCAAACUUGUCCAACUACAGCCAUACCACAAUGAAGAGGAAGGGGAAGAGGAAGAGGAAGAGGAAGAUGUAGAUGAGUUUGUGGUUGAAGACCACCAUGUUGGCCAAUGCAACAUGUGUAAGGAAGACAUCUAUUCAUUUCAUUUGUGUUACUACACCUGCAAGAAUUGCAACUACUCUUUACACAAAUUUUGUGCAGAAAUCCCCAUAACCCUACAAGACCACCCAUUACAUGAUCCUAACCACAAUAUUACCUUGUCCGAGAGAUUUCAAGAUCGACAUCCUUUUUUUCAUUCUAAUCAAGAAUGGACAUGUGGUGUUUGCAAUCAUAAGCGGAAGAACUUUUUCAAUUACCAUUGUUCCAGUUGCAAAUUCAACAUGGACAUAAUUUGUGCUACCAUGUCUCAACAGAAGAUAGACCACCCAAGCCACCAUCACCAACUGCAACGUAACCCAAAGAAAUUGGUAUCUAUUUGCAAUGCAUGUGGUUGUGAACAUGAAGGGAUUUUCUACCACUGCACCAUUUGUUAUUGGUUUUGGAUCCAUCAGGAUUGUGCUUUCUCUCCUACCAAAUUACUUAUCCAACAACCUACUAAUCAUUCUCAUCCACUUACCCUUACAUAUUCCUUUCCCAACAUUGAUCAAGAAGCUAAGUUCUAUCCCAAAUGUAGAAUAUGUGAUACGGGAUUCUAUUUUUACUUUUGGAUUUACAAGUGUGAUAAAUGUCGAUACUAUGUCCAUAUUCAUUGUGCAUCUUCAAAGUACAUCCAUUUUUUGCGUCCAGGACGUGGAAAGAUUUGUAAAAAUUUCAAAGAUGAGGAUCAUUCUAAUCUUCUCUAUUGUCCAUUUCCUGAUGAAAGUUACAACCUUCUCAAGCACCAUUUUAUCAAUAAUCAGAAGGACUUUGUAGUACCUCAGGGAAACCAUGGUGAAACGCUCAAACGUCUUAGUGAUGAACACCCAUUGAUACUUUUAGACUCGCAAACAUCACUCGAGAAGUAUUCGGUUUUACUUCACAACCCGUUGAAAAAAAUUAAACUAUUAUGUGAUGGAUGUGUGAAGCCAAUCACAAAAAUACCAUUUUACAAGUGUGUUGGACAUUGUGGGUUUGUUCUUCAUGAGUGGUGUGCUAGGCUACCCCGUGAAAUAAAAGACCACCCUGGCCAUCCAUACCAUACACUUUUUCUCAUGCUAAACAUUAAUGAACUCCUUUCAGGUGUUUUUGGGUGUAAGAUUUGCAUGUUACCUUCCAGUGGUUUCGGGUAUGGAUGUAGGAUUUGUGAGUAUUAUGUAGAUGUCAAUUGUGCAUUCCUACCUAUAGAAAUCAUGCAUGAAGCUCACCCUGACCAUCUUCUCUCAAGAAUAGAUGCUUCAUCGAUUUCCAGUCUAUCGGAAACACCAUGCGAUGCAUGUGGUAAUUGCCUAAUAAAUUGCAUCGCAUUCUUUUGCCCUUCUUGCGAUUUCUACUUGGAUACAGAGUGUGCUUUUAUGUUGCCUGGAUUGAUUAGGCACAAGUACGAUAAGCAUCCAUUGACCCUAAGAUACAAUCCAGUCGAGAACCAUCCUAGUGCCUACUUUUGUGAAAUUUGCGAGGACGAAUUUAAUCCUGAAUAUUGGUUCUAUCAUUGUAGUUUUUGUGUCCAGUCUAUGCAUACUGCCUGUGCACCCGUGAUCUUUCAGUGUGAGCAAGCUGUAUAUGCCUACUAUAAGAGAUCUAUCUUCCAUUUUCUCAAUGUCAAGUUUGAAACAACAAGGCUUAUGGUUGGAGGUGUGCACCCACAUCUUCUAAAAUUGGCUCAAGGGAUGGAGUGUCAUGGUCAAUGCGAUGAAUGUGGAGAAAACUUGCAGUACAGGAUGAUCUUUGAGUGCUUGGAAUGCAAGUUUAAACUUCAUUAUGAGUGUCAUAUUGUAGUUCGCCUUUUAGAAAAAGCUAGAGGUAUUUCAUUUUUUGCUAGAAAGAUACAAACAACAAGUCGCCAAAUAAAAAAGCAUACAUAUAGUGCUCUCCCUUGA